AUGGCCUGGGGACUGUCCAUCCGAGAGGGUUAUCACUUCUCUCUGGGUAUUAGGAAUAAAAAUGGCGGUGGCAGACGCUCGUUAGUAGCCCAGGCCGCCGUACACGGCGAGUACGGGCGGGGCGGCCUUGGCUGCGUCCGGGCGAUCCAGUGCGUAGUUCCGCCAUACCCAUCUCCACGACCUCGGUCGAGCAUGUUCACCAGGGCCCAGGUGAGACGGAUUCUGCAGCGGGUGCCCGGGAAGCAGCGACUUGGCAUCUACCGGUUCCUGCCCUUCUUUUUUGUCCUGGGAGGAACGAUGGAGUGGAUCAUGAUUAAAGUGCGCGUAGGCCAGGAGACCUUCUAUGAUGUCUACCGUAGAAAAGCCUCAGAAAGACAGUAUCAGAGAAGGCUGGAAGAUGAAUGAGACUGAACUUCAGCAGUCAAUAAAGUCAAUAUGAAUUUUUACUAUUGGUUUCAGUGCCUUUUAAAAUGUACUUUUCAGAUCUCUU